AUGACGCUCUUCCAUUUCGGGAAUUGUUUCGCUCUGGCCUAUUUCCCGUAUUUCAUCACCUACAAGUGCAGCGGCCUCUCCGAGUACAACGCCUUCUGGAGAUGUGUGCAGGCCGGGGCCACCUACCUGUGUGUCCAACUCUGCAAGAUGCUUUUCUUGGCGACGUUUUUCCCGACAUGGGAAGGAGCAGCGGGAGCGUACGACUUCAUUGGGGAGUUUAUGAAGGCCACAGUUGACCUGGCGGACCUCCUGGGGCUGCACUUAGUCAUGUCCAGGAAUGCGGGGAAGGGAGAGUAUAAAAUAAUGGUGGCGGCCAUGGGAUGGGCGACGGCAGAGCUGGUCAUGUCUAGGUGUCUACCUCUCUGGGUCGGUGCUCGAGGAAUUGAAUUCGAUUGGAAAUAUAUCCAAAUGAGCAUCGAUUCCAACAUCAGCUUGGUUCAUUACAUGGCUGUAGCUGCCCUCGUGUGGAUGUGGACACGGUACGACCUCCCCACUCACUUCCGCCUUCCUGUGACUGUCCUCCUGGGGCUCAGCAUGUAUAAAGCCUUCCUCAUGGAUUGCUUCGUCCACAUCUUCCUGCUGGGCAGCUGGACUGCCCUCCUCCUCAAAUCCGUGGCCACCGGUCUCCUGUCCUUAAGCUGCCUCACCCUGUUUGUCAGUCUCGUCCACGGAAACUAA